GGUUCCGUUGUUUUCAUGAGAGUAGAUGCGUUGUUAUAGUAAUCGACGAUUUGCAAAAAACCGUGACCCGUAUUGUUAAAUUUUUCGGAUAGGUAGCUCGUUAGUUACUACUCUGAUCGAGUCGCUGGAAAAAAGGCGACUUGAUUUAGCCAAUACGAGCCUUUUUGCGAAAUCGAAAGGGAUGCUGCUGCAGACAGACUCCGACCGACGUCAACAGUCUCUGGAUUUAAUCUCAACGCAUUUAAUCGGGAAGAGUAGUUUUUCUAUAAAUUUUAAAGGCCUCAGAAUAACGCAUUCUCGACCGAGUGCUUUUGUAAGAUGUUUAAACUCGAGUGCGAACUAAACACGCAGCUGUGAAGCGAAGUGACAGCAGCGGCAAAGCAAUUAGCGAGCUAGCAACGCGGGCUAACGUUAGCUGGUCGUCAACAAAGCGGAGGAGGUCACUAAUCUUUCGUGAAGAAGAAGAAGAGAUUCUACGGGUUCGACUUUUCGACGUUCCUGCCCGUGUUGGACAACAUCGCUCGAUCGCAAUGAAACUGUUGGAAAGCUCCAGCUUUGAAGCCCUCAGCUCUCGCCUGUGUGUCGAAACGGGAGAGUCUCGCAUUCUUGGCAGGAUGGAGAGCUACUCCUGUAAAAUGGCAGGCGAUGAUAAACAUCUGUUCAAGCAGUUCUGCCAGGAGGGGGAGCCCCACGUCCUGGAGGCCCUCUCCCCCCCUCAGUCCACCAGCCCUUCAUACCUGGGGAAGAGCAGCGAGGGCGGGGAGAACCCCUUGAGCGACAAGUGCUGCAGGAAGACUCUUUUCUACCUCAUCACCACGCUCAACGAGUCCUUCAGACCGGACUACGACUUCAGCGCCGCUCGAGCCCACGAGUUCAGCCGAGAGCCCAGCCUCAACUGGGUGGCUAAUGCCGUGAACGGCAGCCUGUUCUCCGCUGUGGGAGAAGAGUUCAACUCUCUGGGGCCGGAGCUGUGGAACGUCAUCGACCAGGAGAUCAACCUGCAGAGCUGUGACAUUUACAGCUACAACCCGGAUCUGGACUCUGACCCUUUCGGAGAAGAGGGGAGCCUCUGGUCCUUCAACUACUUCUUCUACAACAAGAAGCUCAAGAGGAUCGUGUUCUUCACGUGUCGCUCCGUCAGCGUCUUGAGUGGCUGCGGCCGGGAUUGUCUCGACAACGAGCUGGACAUGGAGCUGGAUGACGAGGAGGAAAUGGACGGCUUCGCUGAGGACAGGUUCCCCAGAGUUCUGUGCGUGUGAACUUCCCUGACGGACGCGCCACGCCCGAAGAAUAUCUCGGCUCUCCUCUUCCUCAUUUUCCACUCACUUUUUAAAUUUUGUUGUUGUUUGUUUCCUCAUCCAACGCCAUUUUCACGCUUUAGACCAAUGCAUGUGUGAAGCCUCCUCUUUGCCAGGCAGUGAUUUGUGAGCUGGUCGACAUUUUUUAAAGACUGCGGUAACUUUUAAAAGCUCCACCUUUCUCCAGCGUGGAGUUUGACCCUCUGCUCCAACCCCAAAUGACACACACACACACACACACACACACACACACACACACACAUGCAUGAGCUUCUCUACACCCGCCACAUUUUCGAAGAGACUCCACGUACGCUUGAGAAGAAGAAGGUGUCGUGAUGGAGGAGUGGAAAACAAAGUAAAUCAAAGCAAUCUGAGUUUGUUGAUGUUGUAAAGCGGAGUCCAUGAAACAGCAGCGUCGAUGGGAAGCUGUGCUGGGGCCUCGAGACCCGGGGAGGACGGACUGACUGAGAACUCAUCUGCCGUUUUCAUUUUUUGCCGCGUGCGUUUCUUCUAAUAUUUUUGCGUCACACAUCUGGGUUUUAGAUUUCAUAACUCGUGUUAUUUAAUCAUAACUACAAAAGCUCAUCUGUACUUUAGACUGUUGGCCGGGGAAACGAGGCACUUGUGUUGCAGCUUAAAAAGUUUUAAAUGUCAUGUUUCAUUUUCCCGUGAUCUAGUUCCAUGAUUAAUUUUAUAUGUCGUCUAAAUAGUAUAUUUUCACUCCUCUAAUCUAUUCCCGUUUUAAUCCCAGUUUCUAAAUGUCUGUCUUGCCAGUGUUUUUAUUUGGUUCGUGCAAAGGUUUCAUUGAAAAGUGAAUGUAUAAUACAAUUUAGAGAAAUGCAUAUUAAGUGAUGUGUCUGUUUAAUGUUUUCUAAAGAUAUUGAGAAGUUUCUUUUACGUUCCUUCCGAGUGGUGAGGAGUCGUCUCUCGACUGCUCUGGGCUUCGUUUGGUUGGUGAUUAUAUUGCAGAUGAGAAUAAAUUGCUUGGAUCUCUUUGAAUAAGAUGCAUAAAUACA